AAACACUGAGUUGGUGCUGGGUCCGGAUGAAGGCCGAGACUUUUGGACCGAGGUUUUGAUGACAACCAUCUCUCUGGAAUGGACAUUUUGAAAGGCAGCCUAGAUGGAAUUUCUAGACCUCCUUUGGUUUCCAGAUCUCGACCAGGCAGCCGAAUCUCAAGUUCCCAAUCUUUGGAAAGGCCAAAAUUGAACUCAGCAGUUGGAUCUUUGGAAGUCUUAACUCCACACCCAGGCAUCUCAGAGUUGUCUUCUGGUAAAUUGUGGGCACUGAAGUCCAGUGACAGUUCUUCUAAAGAGAGCUUUAGUCCUGGGUCACCUGAAACAGAAAAUAAAAAACAGACUGAGAUGAAGAGAAGUACAGAAAGUAAUGAUGAGAUGAAUGGGGAAUCUAUCACUGAACGAUCUGGAGAUGAUGACAAUUUGCAGAUGUCCUGGCUGUCUGAUGAAGAAACAGAUAUCCUUCUUUGUAACAAUGUAGAUGAUGGGAACUGUGAUUCAGAUAAAACUGAAAUUUCUCAAACAAUGAAUGAAAAGCAAAAUGAAGAUUUUGUUGAGUUACACAAUAUUACUGAAGAUCUGAUAGACUCCAAGUUAGAUAAAGCAAUAAAAAAGAUGCAGGCUCUGGAUGAGCUCUUACUGAGGAAGCUGGCCAAGGAGAAGGAGGUCAAAGCUCAGGGGCUAGAGAUCAGAAAACAGCUGUGGGAAGAACUUCAGCAUGUAACAAAGCAAACAUCUGGACAAAGUCACGAAGAGAGCGUAAAUACUAAUAAAUUUCUGGCACUGACGCCUCCUUUGAAUGAGAGAGAAGACACAACCAGCUCCAUGCUCAGUAAAUUAUCAUCUCCAUUGUUUCCUACUCAGCUCCCUCUUGAGGAAAAUGAAGAUGAUAUCCAUGAGCCCAUGUCAGGUAUUCAUUGUGACAAUGAAACAAGUGACAUAUUUAAUGAAAAUGAGAGAUCAAGUCACAAAACAAAGGAAACAAAAAGCAAAAAGAAUGGGGUAGAUUUUGUGCAAAAGAACAUUAUGUUGGCAAAAGAUGCUGGGUCCCAUGUACUCCUUAUGGAUGAUGAGAAAUUACGAUUGGAGCAACUACUGGGAGAUAUUUAUGAUGGUAGCGAUGAAGACAGUACAGUAGAUGUUUCUGGUUGGCUGGUGCCAGGGGAAGGCUACACUCCAGAAACCGGAGAAUAUGAUCAGCUGGCAAAAAUAGACACUGAGCUUCAAAUUGUGCAGCAAACCCGCACCAAUGAAUCCUUUGAAACCGAUUAUUUCAGUACUGUCUCACCUAGGGAGGCUCUCCAGGAAGUUUCAAUGAGCAGUACUGGAAAUCUGGAGACUGCACCUGGAGAGAAAGUUUUACGUUACACAAAAGAACUAAGAGAACAAACAAUACGCCUGAAAGAAAUAGAUCAGCAACUAGAAGAUAUUGAGAGAAAGUACUUGAGCGCCGCAAGUUUAAUAUCUGCACGCUACAGUUCAUUGUCAGCGGAGUCGCCUGUUUAUGUUGCAUGAUAUUAACAGAUAUUUUUUAAAUCAAAAGCUACUUACAAGUUUGAAAAAUUUAGCCAAAGAGCAAUGCCAACGAUUAUAAAUUCUUAGUUCAACCUAAAUAGUUUUACGGACAUGUUUUCUAAUAAAAAAUAAAUCUCCAUUAAAAUUU